AGCCAUGAUUCUCACGCAGAUCGAGUUCCCGUUUAGGGUGUAUCGUUAUGAUGGCUAAGGUUUGUAUGUGCUUGGUUAGGUUGAAGAUCUUUUGAAUGGGAUUUCUAGGAUUUCCUCUUGGAAAAGAAGAUUCAAGUUCAAAGAGCUCUUCAGAAGGUGUUGGGGUACAAAUGGAUGAUGAAGGCAUGUUUCCAGAAGUUUCAGGAGGUUUGGGUUGUAAGGGCCCAGAGUUUUCAGAAGGGGGUUGGGUGGUGGAUGGGGUUUCUAAUGUUGAGAUGCUGAUUUUUGUCUUCUUUCUUUUGGAAGGUGUUUCUCACAGGUUUCCAUAUGCCUGGAGAUCCCUUUACAAUCUGGGCAAUAGAUUGGAACCUCCUCAUAAAAACAUUCCAACAAUACUGGCGUGCCGAAAACAGUUGCUAUUUGCAGCAGAGAUUCCUUGGCAUGGAAAUGGAUAGGCAGGUUUUUAAUUGAAAUCCAGAUGGGGAGGUUCGAAUGAAAUCCAGGCUUGGUC